AUGCGCUACACAGAUCAAGCCAUAGCAGCUGAUGAGCUGCACGUUAAAACAGACGGAUCCGUGCCCAUGGAUGCUAACCUCGACAUGAACGAGCAUUCGAUCUGUAAUUUGACGUACGACGAUAGCUCUUUGACAUGUGCUGUCCCUGCCGGUUGGGUGAAGGAUGAAAUCCGUCAAUCAUCAUCAAGAUUGCAACACGACAUCGACGCUGUGCGCAAGAUGAAAGGUCCUCGUGGUGAUCGGGGAUUGGGAUGGCUUAGCGGAGGUGAUAUGCCACUGAACUCUGUAGGGAGAAACGGUGACUUCUAUGUGGACGCAACCACGCUCAUCUUGUACAAGAAAUUCAGCUCGGAAUGGAAGGCUUUCGGUCGGCUUCAUAGAUCAAGAGAUGAAGCUGGUCCACGUGGAGAACGUGGAUUGAUCGGUCCUCAAGGUGAGACUGGACCUAGAGGAGCUGAUGGACAAGGUGGUGAGCGCGGUCAAAAAGGUGAUCAAGGAAUACCUGGUCCAGAAGGUCCCAGAGGUAAAGUUGGACCACGUGGAGAACGUGGAUUAGUGGGUCCUGAAGGUGAGAUUGGACCUAGAGGACAAGAUGGGCAAGACGGCUCACAAGGUGAACGUGGUGUCCAAGGUGAUCAAGGAACCAUAGGCCCCGUCGGUCCCCAAGGAACCAUCGGUCCAACCGGUCCUCCAGGAAAAAGAGGUCCCGUGGGCCCCCAAGGAACCAGAGGUCCCGUGGGUCCGCAAUCAAGUCAGAACCUAUCCGAUCCGUUUCAUCUACUACCUUACAUUCGGAGAAACGCCUACCUCUACAUAUACUCUCAUCCUAGCAGAUUUGAAUCCGUCAUCAGGGUGAGGAGAAACAAGUACAGAGGUGGAAAUCUCGUUGCCUUGAACGACAAGAGAAUCAUCGUGAACGGCAUCGACAUGUUCCGAGACGGUCACUUCUACCUCAACAUUUCACAACACGAGCAAGUUUCCAUUAGAGAACGAUUCGUCAAUCUGUUUCACGACAACAUGUCUUUUGCAAUGUUCCAAGUCAUUCAAGUGGACGCACCUGACCCUAGAAACAUGGCGUUGAAGGCAUUCGACAUCGAUACUGUCGGAAAUUUCACCUUGGAUAGUUUGUACGUGUUGUUCACUGCCACCCACAUAAGUGGCAACUACUUCACGGGUUCCGGCUCUUCAUCAUUCAACCUACCCGUUUCGUCUUUAACAAACCAAUUAUCGGUUGCUUUGGAUAAGCCUGUGUCGAGCAUGACGGAUCUCUUGGGUACAAAGUGUGUCAUAAGUUACGCUCGGAAUUCAGAACGCCUAUUCACUCUAUACGUAAACUCCAUUUUGAUACAUUCCAACUUGGACACGGAUCCAUUUUCCAGAACCAAUGGAAUCGAAGAUUGCGAUUACCGCAUUGGUGGUACUCAAUUCUUCAACGGCACUACGUCAAAGUUGUUCUGUCAUUUGCACUUUGUCGAGAGUUUAUCUUCUCACACAAUCCAGGGCAUCCACACAGAACUCAUGGCACACUACAAUAUCUGA